CUGCAGAGAACUCCCCCCCUCGAGCCCCUUUAGUUUAAGACCAGGAGGUACUUCGGCCGGCGUGACAGUGAAGAGCGUCAGGAAGGACUGGAGAAGAUGAGAGCAGUAAAAGCGGCGUUAUUGUACAUAAAGAGGCAAUUUGAGUUGUUUUGAGAAAGCGAGAGAAGAAAAAUAACUCGGAGGAGGAGGUAGAAAAGAGGUAGGAAAAGAAAAGAAAAGAAAAGAAAAGGGAGUCGAGCCAAUUGGCAUCAUUUGAGUUAUUCAGGCUUAGCUCAAAAAUCUCUGUCCAGACUCAAAAACCGCCAAGGGCCUCUCGGUGCUGUCAGCACCGUGGAUGGUCUGCAAGAGGGAGCAUACAAGUCCACCAAUGUGAGGAUUUAUCGCUGGGACUCACUUAUGACACUGGACUUUGUUUUUCUUGCUGGUUCUAUGCAGCCCGCAAACGAAAUUCUUAAUAGUAGCCAAUAUUGAGAGCCAAAGCUACGACAAUGGGCCUGUAGAAUGGAGUAUGACAUUGACUUCUACAAACACUUUGCUUGGCUUAGAAAGGUAAACGUCCAGUCAUCAAACAACAGUGAGUCUUAUCAGGAGCGUUUAUCACGUCUGGAAGGAGACAAAGAAUCUCUCAUAUUGCAGGUGGGUGUGCUGACAGACCAGGUGGAAGCUCAGGAGGUAAAAAUCUGUGAUCUGCAGACUUCGGUGGUAGAGCAUCGGCUCAAACUCAACGCCACAGAAGAGAUGCUGCAGCAGGAGCUCCUGCAUAGGACAACCUUGGAGAAGCAGAAGCUCAGUCUUAAGGGGGAGGUGUCCUACCUGAAGCUGAAGCUGACAGACAUGGAGGAGAAACAGAGCCCAGGAGGAGAGAGGCAACAUAAAGCAGAGAGCGUUGUGAAUUUCAUUAGUGAGCUGCAGGAGCAGAUGUGUAGAUUUCAGAAGGAGAUCAAUAGCAAGAUCCAGGAGAAAAAAGCCUCUGAGAACCCAGCUGACAACAGCUCACCAGCGCCAUGCUCCGCCCACUCCUUGUCCCCCGAGGACGCCAACCCCUCAUGUUACACGGCAGCAGAGGUGAAGCCCAAACUAGAGGAGGAGGCUGCAGACGGGAUUGAUGAGAGUAGCUCAGAAGCAGAGCAGCUGCGACACAACGACGGCGAGAGCUGUUUGGUGCGGGAGCUCAAGAUUCUAAAAGACAAAGUGCAACAUUUGGAAGAUGAGAAGUUGGAGUAUGAGAAAAGACUCAAAGCAAGCAAGGUGGAAAUCAGCAGCCUUCAGCAGCUUCUCCUGGGUAAGAAUGCUGAGAUUGAGAGCUUACACACUCAGCUUUUAGCCAGACCUCCCCGAGCCACUGAGAGCACUGAGAGAGACCAAGAGCUGCAAAGACUUAGAAGAGACAUAAAAUCCUUGGAAGCUGCCAAUGAUGAAAAGGACCGGCACAUUGAGGAGCUCACUCUGCUCUUAAACCAGUGCAAGCAAUUCAGAGAUCUGACACACAACACAAGGCAAGCUCCACCUGCUGGCCAUUCACUGUCCAACGGGAGGACAAAUUCCAGUAGCAGUGAGGAAGAAGAGCAAGGUCUGAAGAAGAAUGCUGAUUCUAGCAGUGCAAAGUCUGAGGAUCUCAAGUCUGAUGUUUCCACAAAUAGUGCCUCCUCUCAUCAAACAUCAAUUUUGUCUCAGAAGGACAGUGAUUGCAGGCCAGAGACACAAACAUCAGCAAGUAGCAUGGCGGACUUAUCACCCGGUCAGACACAAAAGAGGGACACCAGGAGUCCGAUGCUGCCUGUCCGUUCGUCCCCUACAGAGAGCAGCACUGAGCUCCAAAGUGAACGCUCUCCAGAUGACAGUGAAGACGGAGACUCCAGCCAAACAAAGAACAGCCCCGGGACAAACAGCCCACCAGGCCAGAGGAAUGUGGGCUCGCCGGAAUACAUGAAGACAAACCGGAGCCUCAGGAGACUUUGGGGAAAACUUCGAAGAACAAAUUCUGGAGGCAGCAAUGCAGAGGAUCCAGAUACUGGUCCUUUUAGAAGAGGCGGGUUCCGAGCAACAGCGGGACCGAGACUGACCCGUACCCCGGAAUCUCCUGCCUCUGUACGCGACAUGAAUCUCCCGUUCAGCCAGUGGAGCAAGGAGCAGGUGUGUGGCUGGUUGGAGGACUAUGGGCUGGGCCACUACGUCAACCUCACAAGGCAGUGGGUUGAAUGUGGCCAGACGCUACUUUCUGCCACGCCUCAGGAUCUUGAAAAGGAGAUGGGAAUGAAGCACCCUUUGCACAGGAAGAAACUGCAGUUGGCAUUGAAGGCAUUCACCAAUAAAACAACAGAGAAGUCAUCGGAGUUAGAUCAUAUCUGGGUCACCCGAUGGCUGGAUGAUAUCGGCUUGCCUCAGUAUAAAGACCAGUUCCAUGAAGCUCGUGUGGACGGCCGCAUGAUACAAUACCUCACAGUGAAUGACCUCUUGAGCCUAAAAGUGACCAGUCAACUUCAUCAUCUCAGCAUCAAAUGUGCCAUCCACGUCCUCCAUGCUAACAAGUUUAACCCUCACUGCCUCAGACGCAGGCCUGGGGAAGACAAACAACCUUCCCCUUCUGAGGUAGUGCAGUGGUCAAACCACCGGGUGAUGGAGUGGCUUCGAGCAGUUGACCUUGCAGAGUAUGCACCUAAUCUACGGGGCAGUGGUGUCCACGGUGGACUAAUUAUCCUGGAGCCUCGCUUCAGCGCAGAGACUUUGGCCUUGCUCCUAAAUAUUCCCCCGCAGAAAACAUUGCUCCGUCGCCAUUUAGCCACAGCCUUCUCCACCCUGGUGGGGACUCAGGCCACGCAGGAGAAGAGAGAGUACGGCAAUGCUACAGGCCAUGUGCCCCUCACGACUACAUCGAAAGUGAAGCCCAAGAAACUUGGCUUCACCCAGUUUAGUCACCUUAGGAAGAGGAAACCCGACGAAUCUGCAGACUACAUCUGCCCCGUAGAGGGCGGAUUGCUGACUGUGAACGGGAUUUCAAGGACGCCCUCCGCAGCACUCAAGGGUAUCAGCCCCAACUUGGACAGACAAGCCAAGAAGCUCGAUCACGACGAGGGCAAGUUGUGGCGGACUAACACAAACAAUUGCUAAGAGAAUCACAGUGGUCAGCUUCACAAGAAAUCCCCAAAAAUGCAUUGCUGGACAAUCAUCAUGUAUUUAUUAAUCACAAAAUCUAUGAAUAUAUUAUCUAUGAAAUGAAUGUGUUAAGUGAAAACUGCAUUCCUUUUAUGGUUGUUCCAAAUAUUCCAUAUGCUUUAAGACCUUUUUGAAAGUCUGGAUGUAUAUCUUCAGAUAUGAUGCUUUAUUCAUAUUCUACAAAUGAGUUUACAGAGCACUUUUGCAUCGGACAUUUGUGAACAUGGCUUUUUCAAAAUGACAAAUGCAAACACCGGCUUGUUACUACCCAAACCGUUUUGCCUUAAUUCCCAUAUAACUAACGCUUUAAAGGCCUUACCAAAAUCUUUUGAGAAGAAACAAGGAUUUACCUCAGAACUGAUAUUUCUCCUUGUGUACUUUCAUCCAUGUACUGUUGUAAAUAAUAAAUUAUUGCUCUGUUGUUUUA